AUGUAUGCAAUUUUCACCGAUAUGGCUGCUGCAGGGGUACAACCGGAUCUUGAGACGUAUAACCUUCUUUUACACUCUGCACGAUACAAUGACCUUAACUGCACUUUUAUCCUGCGCCAAAUGACUUCGGCAGGCAUUGAACGCAAUGCGCUCUCCUACCAGCAUCUCAUACAGUAUCAUGCGGACAACAGAAACUUGGAAAUGUGCCUCCAGAUUGUUGAUGAGAUGAGCGUACAAGAAAUUCAUCCGACCAUAGCGACUGUGGAAGCGUUCAUCAAUCUUGCCGCUCAGCUCAAUUAUGCGCGAUUGGCGCUGGACUUCGCCCUAAACUACGAGGAGAAAUCGGCCCGUCGUAUACCAGCCACAUCCUGGAUGAAAAUGUUGGGAAGUUGUGCCGUCUUACACUACAUCGAGGGUGUAGAAAUAUGUUGGGUAAAAGGUGUGGAACAAGGUCUUGCACCCCCCGACGAAGGUCUCUGUCUCGAUGUCCUCCAUGUUGCGGGUCGGUCUGGCCGGCCAGAACUGGCCAUGGGUGUUAUUCGUGCACUACGAAAAAAUGGAGCAGUAUUUCGAGAACAUCACCUGGCUCCUGUUCUUGAGGCCUUCCUGAAUGCCAACAACUUGAAGGACGCCCUCCACGUGCUUUCUCUCAUGCGGUCACAUUCGAUAUCGCCAGAAGAAUCGACAACGAUGCCGAUAUUGCGACGAAUCGUUCAGAGUGUCGAUGAUGUUGACAACGCAUUUUACAUUCUUGAAGAGCUGAAAAACGAUGGCAAACCGAUCGACAUAUCCGCCGUCAACGUUAUCAUCCGUGCAUCCGUGGAACUUGAUGACCUCCAACGUGCUGUGGGUACAUACAAGGAGUGCGAGAAACUCGGCGUCCAGCCAACGAGGGACACAUUCUAUUACCUGCUGGAUGCUUGUGUGAAGGCUCAGCACCAUGCUCUGGGAGAAAAACUCUACGAAGAGAUGACACGAGCAGGAAUACUCCCCGAUGAGGCUGCCUAUGAGAAAAUGCUCUUACUUGCACUCACGCAAACAAGCUACGAGGAGGCAUUUUAUUAUCUUGAGGAAAUGAAGUUGAAGUCGCCUGAUGUUCCAGCUCGGGUAUACGAGGCCAUCAUCCGCAAGUGUGUAACGUCCUUCGACCCACGUUGGAAAGUGGCAGCAGAGGAGAUGCAACAACGGGGAUAUAGCUUAUCAUCAAAACUUCUCAGAUUUAUAGAGAAGGGAGAGGACGACCCCGUGACCUCACCACGAUUUUAG